AAAAAAUAUAAAGGACGCGGCUAGCGCAGCCGCUGGCCAGCCGGGUGCCGGGUGCCGGAGCCGCACUCUACCGCCUCCAGCUCCCGACCCGCGUACGAACUAAUGGCUGAAGAAUAAAUCAACAUGGCGACCAUGGUUCCACCAGUGAAACUGAAGUGGCUCGAACACCUGAAUAGCUCCUGGAUCACAGAGGACAGCGAAUCUAUUGCUACAAGAGAGGGAGUUACCGUUUUGUAUUCUAAACUGGUCAGCAAUAAGGAGGUAGUACCUUUACCUCAGCAGGUUUUAUGCCUCAAAGGACCACAGUUGCCUGACUUUGAACGUGAGUCUCUUUCAAGUGAUGAGCAGGACCAUUAUUUGGACGCCCUUCUUAGCAGUCAGCUAGCACUAGCAAAGAUGGUAUGUUCAGAUUCCCCGUUUGCUGGGGCACUACGGAAACGACUGCUUGUACUCCAGCGUGUCUUUUAUGCACUUUCUAAUAAGUACCAUGACAAAGGCAAAGUGAAGCAGCAGCAGCAUUCUCCGGAGAGCAGCUCUGGUUCAGCAGAUGUCCAUUCUGUCAGUGAACGUCCCCGGUCAAGCACUGAUGCACUUAUAGAAAUGGGUGUCCGAACUGGUCUAAGCUUAUUAUUUGCACUUCUGAGACAGAGUUGGAUGAUGCCUGUGUCGGGACCUGGUCUCAGUCUCUGCAAUGACGUUAUUCAUACUGCAAUUGAAGUUGUGAGCUCUUUGCCGCCAUUGUCUUUAGCAAACGAAAGCAAGAUUCCUCCUAUGGGCUUGGACUGCUUAUCACAAGUUACAACAUUUCUUAAAGGAGUAACUAUUCCCAAUUCUGGGGCAGACACUUUAGGUCGCCGAUUAGCUUCUGAGUUGCUGCUUGGCUUAGCAGCUCAGAGAGGCUCUUUGAGAUAUCUUCUUGAAUGGAUAGAAAUGGCUUUGGGGGCUUCAGCAGUUGUAUACACUAUGGAGAAAAACAAACUACUAUCAAGCCAGGAAGGAAUGAUCAGCUUUGACUGCUUUAUGGCUAUAUUAAUGCAGAUGAGGCGUUCUUUGGGUUCAUCUGCUGAUCGGAGUCAGUGGAGAGAACCAACUAGAACAUCUGAAGGCUUAUGUUCACUCUAUGAGGCAGCACUGUGUCUCUUUGAAGAGGUUUGUAGAAUGGCUUCUGACUACUCAAGAACAUGUGCUAGCCCAGAUAGCAUUCAGACUGGUGAUACCCCCAUUGUGUCUGAGACCUGUGAGGUGUAUGUGUGGGGCAGCAACAGCAGCCAUCAGUUGGUAGAAGGCACACAGGAGAAAAUACUACAACCCAAACUGGCUCCUAGUUUCUCAGAUGCUCAGACCAUUGAAGCUGGACAGUAUUGCACUUUUGUCAUUUCUACAGAUGGCUCUGUCAGAGCUUGUGGUAAAGGCAGCUAUGGGAGACUGGGCCUCGGAGAUUCCAAUAAUCAGUCUACCUUAAAAAAGUUAACUUUUGAGCCUCAUCGGUCCAUUAAGAAAGUUUCGUCAUCUAAAGGCUCUGAUGGCCACACUUUAGCUUUCACUACAGAAGGUGAAGUCUUCAGCUGGGGAGAUGGCGACUAUGGGAAACUGGGACAUGGGAACAGUUCAACCCAGAAAUACCCCAAGCUUAUCCAGGGCCCACUGCAGGGAAAGGUAGUUGUUUGUGUAUCAGCUGGAUACAGACAUAGUGCUGCUGUCACAGAGGAUGGUGAACUAUAUACAUGGGGUGAAGGAGACUUUGGAAGACUAGGUCAUGGUGACAGUAAUAGCCGUAACAUUCCAACCUUAGUAAAAGACAUUAGCAAUGUAGGAGAGGUUUCCUGUGGAAGUUCACACACGAUUGCUUUGUCCAAAGAUGGAAGAACUGUGUGGUCUUUUGGAGGAGGAGACAAUGGCAAGCUUGGCCAUGGUGACACCAACAGAGUCUAUAAACCUAAAGUUAUUGAAGCUUUACAAGGAAUGUUUAUUCGCAAAGUCUGUGCUGGGAGCCAGUCUUCACUUGCUUUGACAUCAACAGGGCAGGUUUAUGCUUGGGGCUGUGGGGCUUGUCUGGGUUGUGGUUCUUCAGAAGCUACUGCUUUGAGACCCAAGCUCAUUGAAGAAUUGGCUGCCACGAGAAUAGUUGAUAUUUCUAUUGGAGAUAGUCAUUGUUUGUCUCUUUCUCAUGAUAAUGAAGUUUAUGCCUGGGGCAAUAACUCCAUGGGACAAUGUGGGCAGGGAAAUUCAACAGGUCCUAUUACUAAACCAAAGAAAGUGAGUGGCUUAGAUGGCAUAGCUAUUCAACAGAUCUCAGCUGGAACAUCACAUAGUUUGGCAUGGACUGCUCUCCCUAGGGACAGACAAGUUGUUGCAUGGCACAGGCCUUAUUGUGUAGAUCUCGAAGAGAGUACCUUCUCACACCUGCGAUCUUUUCUUGAGAGAUACUGUGAUAAAAUAAACAGUGAGAUUCCCCCACUGCCUUUCCCUUCAUCAAGGGAGCACCAUAAUUUUCUUAAGCUGUGCCUGAAGUUGCUUUCAAAUCAUCUUGCUCUGGCCCUUGCGGGAGGAGUAGCUACCAGUAUUCUUGGGAGACAGGCAGGUCCACUUCGAAAUCUGCUCUUCAGGCUGAUGGAUUCAACUGUCCCAGAUGAAAUCCAAGAGUGCAAUGUGGUAUAUGUGUCAGCUGCGGGCAGUAUGCUCUGCCAGAUUGUUAACUCUCUACUGUUACUCCCGGUGUCGGUGGCUCGUCCUCUAUUGAGUUACCUCCUCGACCUCUUGCCACCUCUUGAUUGCCUUAAUAGACUCCUGCCAGCUGCUGCUCUUUUAGAAGACCAAGAGUUACAGUGGCCUCUUCAUGGGGGGCCAGAAGUAAUUGACCCAGCCGGUGUGCCAUUACCUCAGCCAGCUCAAUCUUGGGUAUGGCUUGUGGAUCUGGAAAGAACAAUUGCUCUCCUCAUUGGGCGAUGUCUUGGUGGCAUGCUUCAAGGCUCCCCUGUGUCUCCAGAGGAACAGGAUACUGCAUAUUGGAUGAAAACACCACUUUUCAGUGAUGGUGUGGAAAUGGACACCCCUCAGUUGGAUAAAUGUAUGAGCUGCCUAUUAGAAGUAGCUCUUUCAGGAAAUGAAGAACAGAAGCCUUUUGAUUACAAAUUGCGGCCUGAAAUUGCUGUCUAUGUAGACUUGGCAUUGGGUUGUUCUAAAGAGCCUGCCAGAAGCCUUUGGAUCAGCAUGCAGGAUUAUGCUGUUAGUAAAGAUUGGGACAGUGCAACUUUAAGUAAUGAAUCACUCUUGGACACUGUGUCUAGAUUUGUUCUUGCAGCACUCCUCAAGCACACAAACUUACUUAGCCAAGCAUGUGGAGAAAGCCGAUACCAACCUGGUAAAAGCUUAUCAGAAGUGUAUCGUUGUGUAUACAAAGUUCGAAGUCGUUUACUUGCUUGCAAGAACCUUGAACUUAUUCAAACCAGGUCAUCAUCACGAGACAGAUGGAUCUCAGACAACCAAGACUCUGCAGAUGUUGAUCCUCAAGAGCAUUCCUUUACCCGGACCAUUGAUGAGGAAGCCGAAAUGGAAGAGCUGGCUGAGAGAGACAGGGAGGAUGGCCACCCAGAGCCAGAAGAUGAGGAAGAAGAACGGGAACAUGAAGUAAUGACCGCUGGCAAAAUCUUUCAGUGUUUCCUCUCAGCCCGAGAAGUAGCUCGCAGCCGAGACCGAGAUAGAAUGAACAGUGGGGCAGGGUCUGGGGUCCGAGCUGAUGACCCACCUCCACAGUCUCAGCAAGAGCGACGGCUCAGCACAGACCUUCCUGAGGGGCAGGAUGUAUACACUGCUGCCUGCAACUCUGUGAUCCACCGCUGUGCGCUCUUAAUAUUAGGAGUGAGUCCUGUGAUUGAUGAGCUUCAGAAGCGAAGGGAAGAAGGGCAGUCGCAGCAGCCUUCCGUGAGUGCCUCUGAAGGCACUGGACUUAUGACCAGGAGUGAAAGUCUCACUGCUGAGAGUCGCCUCGUUCAUGCAAGUCCAAGUUACAGACUGAUCAAAUCAAGGAGUGAAUCUGAUUUGUCUCAGCCUGAAUCAGAUGAAGAGGGCUAUGCACUGAGUAGCCGCCGGAAUGUUGACUUUGAUUUGGCAUCAUCUCAUAGGAAGAGAGGUCCUAUGCAUAGUCAAUUAGAAUCUCUGAGUGACUCUUGGAUUCGCCUGAAACAUACCAGAGCUUGGUUCUACAACUCCUCUUACUCCUUUGAGUCUGAUUUUGACCUAACCAAGUCUUUGGGAGUUCACACAUUGAUUGAAAAUGUUGUAAGUUUUGUGAGCGGAGAUGUGGGGAAUGCCCCAGGUUUCAAGGAGCCAGAAGAAAGUAUGUCUACAAGUCCCCAGGCCUCCAUCAUUGCAAUGGAGCAGCAGCAGCUAAGGGCAGAGCUUCGUCUGGAGGCACUUCAUCAGAUUCUCACACUGUUGUCUGGCAUGGAGGAAAAGGGUAACAUCUUGCUGACAGGAAGCAGGUCAAGUUCAGGCUUUCAGUCAUCCACCUUGCUCACGUCUGUGAGGCUGCAGUUUCUAGCAGGGUGUUUCGGUCUAGGCACUGUUGGACACACAGGAACCAAAGGAGAGAGUGGCCGAUUGCAUCACUACCAAGAUGGGAUCAGAGCAGCUAAAAGAAAUAUUCAGGUUGAAAUCCAGGUGGCUGUUCAUAAAAUUUAUCAACAAUUGUCUGCUACUCUAGAGAGAGCCCUUCAAGCAAAUAAGCAUCACAUUGAAGCCCAGCAACGUCUUCUUUUGGUUACAGUUUUUGCCCUCAGUGUUCAUUAUCAGCCAGUUGAUGUUUCUUUGGCAAUUUCCACUGGUCUGCUGAAUGUAUUGUCACAGUUAUGUGGCACAGACACCAUGUUAGGACAGCCCCUGCAAUUGUUGCCAAAGACUGGUGUUUCCCAGCUCAGCACAGCUUUGAAAGUGGCUAGUACAAGGUUGCUUCAGAUUCUAGCCAUCACUACUGGAACAUAUGCUGAUAAACUGAGCCCCAAAGUAGUUCAGUCCUUGUUGGAUCUACUCUGUAGUCAACUGAAGAAUUUAUUGUCCCAAACUGGUGUACUAUUUAUGGCCUCUUUUGGAGAAGGUGAAGAGGGUGAAGAAGAAGAAAAAAAAACUGACUCCAGUGGAGAAGCUGAGAAGAAAGAUUUCAGAGCUGCUCUUAGGAAGCAACAUGCAGCUGAACUUCAUCUAGGAGAUUUUUUAGUUUUUCUUCGCAGAGUUGUGUCUUCAAAAGCAAUUCAAUCAAAAAUGGCUUCCCCCAAAUGGACAGAAGUGCUUCUAAACAUAGCAUCUCAGAAGUGUUCUUCAGGUAUUCCUCUAGUUGGUAACUUAAGAACGAGGCUCCUUGCUCUUCAUGUCCUUGAGGCUGUGCUACCAGCUUGUGAAUCUGGUGUAGAAGAUGAUCAAAUGGCCCAGGUUGUUGAACGCUUAUUUUCUCUUCUGUCGGAUUGUAUGUGGGAGACUCCCAUUGCUCAGGCCAAACAUGCUAUUCAAAUAAAGGAAAAAGAACAAGAAAUAAAAUUGCAGAAGCAAGGAGAGUUGGAGGAAGAGGAUGAAAAUCUCCCCAUACAAGAAGUCUCUUUUGAUCCAGAGAAGGCUCAGUGUUGCAUUGUGGAAAAUGGACAGAUUUUAACUCAUGGCAGUGGAGGAAAAGGAUAUGGAUUAGCGUCAACUGGGGUAACUUCUGGGUGCUAUCAAUGGAAGUUUUAUAUUGUGAAGGAAAAUAGAGGUAAUGAGGGUACAUGUGUUGGAGUCUCUCGCUGGCCAGUACAUGAUUUUAAUCACCGCACUACCUCUGACAUGUGGCUCUAUAGGGCUUACAGUGGUAACCUCUAUCACAAUGGAGAACAGACUCUGACGCUGUCCAGCUUUACUCAAGGAGAUUUCAUUACCUGUGUGUUAGACAUGGAAGCCAGGACCAUUUCCUUUGGGAAAAAUGGAGAGGAACCCAAAUUAGCCUUUGAAGACGUGGAUGCAGCAGAGUUGUACCCAUGUGUAAUGUUCUAUAGCAGCAACCCGGGUGAGAAGGUGAAAAUUUGUGAUAUGCAGAUGCGUGGCACACCACGGGAUUUACUUCCAGGAGACCCUAUUUGUAGUCCAGUAGCAGCAGUGCUAGCUGAAGCCACCAUUCAGCUUAUCCGUAUCCUUCACCGGACAGACCGUUGGACUUACUGUAUUAAUAAAAAGAUGAUGGAGAGGCUCCAUAAAAUUAAGCUAUGUAUUAAAGAGUCAGGUCAGAAGCUAAAGAAAAGCCGCUCGGUUCAGAGCCGAGAGGAAAAUGAAAUGAGAGAGGAGAAAGAGAACAAAGAAGAAGAAAAAGGUAAACACAGUAGGCAUGGUCUUGCUGACCUCUCAGAACCGCAGCUGAGGACUCUUUGCAUAGAGGUGUGGCCCGUGCUAGCAGUGAUAGGAGGAGUUGAUGCUGGUCUUAGAGUUGGAGGUCGGUGUGUUCACAAGCAAACUGGGCGCCAUGCCACGCUGCUGGGAGUGGUCAAAGAAGGCAGCACAUCUGCCAAGGUCCAGUGGGAUGAAGCAGAGAUUACCAUCAGCUUCCCAACUUUUUGGUCGCCUAGUGAUACUCCACUGUAUAACCUGGAACCCUGUGAACCACUGCUGUUUGAUGUGGCACGAUUCCGAGGCCUGACAGCUUCUGUGCUGCUGGACCUAACAUAUCUGACAGGCAUUCAUGAAGAUGUGGGGAAACAGAGCAUCAAGCGACAUGAAAAGAAACACCGUCAUGAGUCUGAGGAAAAGGGGGACAUUGAACAGAAACCUGAGAGUGAAUCCAUUUUAGAUGUACGAACAGGGUUAAUAUCUGAUGAUGUCAAAAGUCAGGGUACCACAAGCUCCAAAUCAGAAAAUGAAAUAGCUUCAUUUUCUUUAGAACCAACACUGCCAGGUGUGGAAUCCCAACAUCAAAUAACAGAAGGAAAGAGAAAAAAUCACGAACACGUAUCCAAAACCCAUGACAUAGCCCAGUCAGAAAUCAGAGCAGUCCAACUUUCCUAUCUCUACCUCGGUGCUAUGAAGUCGCUUAGUGCUCUUCUUGGCUGUAGUAAAUAUGCUGAGCUCUUGCUGAUUCCAAAAGUUCUUGCUGAAAAUGGCCACAACUCAGACUGUGCAAGCUCUCCAGUUGUUCACGAGGAUGUGGAGAUGCGUGCUGCUCUACAGUUCCUGAUGCGGCACAUGGUGAAGCGAGCGGUCAUGCGGUCACCCAUAAAGCGAGCACUGGGGUUAGCUGAUCUGGAACGGGCUCAAGCUAUGAUUUAUAAACUGGUGGUCCAUGGGCUUUUGGAAGACCAGUUUGGGGGCAAAAUUAAGCAAGAGAUUGAUCAACAAGCUGAAGAAAGCGACCAAGCACAGCAAGCACAAACACCCGUUACCACCAGCCCAUCAGCAUCAAGCACGACUUCUUUUAUGAGCAGCUCCCUUGAGGACACCACAACUGCCACCACUCCUGUCACUGACACAGAAACGGUGCCUGCAUCUGAGUCCCCAGGAGUGAUGCCACUUAGUCUUCUCAGGCAAAUGUUUUCUAGUUAUCCAACCACCACUGUACUUCCCACACGUCGUGCACAGACUCCUCCCAUAUCAUCAUUGCCAGCCUCUCCUUCUGAUGAAGUAGGAAGGAGGCAGAGUUUAACUUCUCCUGAUUCUCAAUCUACAAGGCCAGCUAACCGUACAGCCUUGUCAGACCCAAGCAGCAGACUCUCCACAUCCCCUCCUCCUCCAGCAAUUGCAGUCCCCUUACUGGAAAUGGGCUUUUCUCUCCGACAGAUUGCCAAAGCUAUGGAAGCUACAGGUGCUCGAGGAGAGGCGGAUGCCCAGAAUAUCACUGUUCUUGCUAUGUGGAUGAUAGAGCACCCUGGGCAUGAAGAUGAGGAGGAGCCCCAGCCAAGCAGCACAGCAGACUCCAGACAUGGAACAACAGUUCUGGGAAGUGGUGGGAAGUCAAAUGAUCCCUGUUAUUUGCAGUCACCAGGAGACAUACCAUCAGCUGAUGCUGCUGAAAUGGAGGAAGGCUUUAGUGAAAGCCCUGAAAAUCUUGAUCAUACAGAGAACGCAGCUUCUGGAAGUGGACCACCAACUAGAGGUCGCUCUACAGUAACAAGAAGGCACAAAUUUGACCUAGCAGCUCGAACACUGCUUGCAAGAGCAGCGGGGUUAUACCGCUCUGUGCAGGCUCACAGGAAUCAAAGUCGGAGAGAAGGAAUAUCUUUGCAGCAAGACCCAGGGGCGUUGUAUGACUUUAAUUUAGAUGAGGAAUUGGAAAUUGAUCUUGAUGAUGAAGCAAUGGAAGCUAUGUUUGGACAAGACCUGACCAGUGACAAUGAUAUUCUGGGAAUGUGGAUCCCAGAGGUACUGGAUUGGCCUACCUGGCAUGUUUGUGAAUCUGAAGACAGGGAAGAAGUGGUUGUGUGUGAACUUUGUGAAUGCAACGUCGUCAGCUUCAACCAGCACAUGAAGAGAAACCACCCUGGCUGUGGGCGCAGUGCAAACCGCCAGGGGUACCGCAGCAAUGGCUCCUAUGUCGAUGGCUGGUUUGGUGGUGAAUGUGGGAGUGGAAAUCCAUACUACCUGCUAUGUGGCAGCUGCAGGGAGAAGUACUUAGCCUUGAAGACCAAGUCCAAGACUACAAAUUCUGAAAGGUACAAGGGACAAGCUCCAGAUCUAAUUGGCAAGCAGGACAGUGUGUAUGAAGAAGACUGGGAUAUGUUAGAUGUUGAUGAAGAUGAAAAACUAACAGGUGAAGAAGAAUUUGAAUUGCUUGCUGGACCACUUGGUUUAAAUGACCGGCGCAUUGUGCCAGAACCAGUUCAGUUUCCUGACAGUGACCCACUGGGAGCAUCUGUAGCGAUGGUCACGGCUACCAACAGUAUGGAAGAGACUCUGAUGCAAAUUGGUUGCCAUGGGUCUGUGGAAAAGAGUUCCUCUGGGAGAGUAACACUGGGAGAGCAGGCGGCAGCUCUUGCAAAUCCUCAUGACCGAGUGGUGGCUUUAAGGAGGGUGACUGCUGCCGCUCAAGUCCUCCUGGCCAGAACCAUGGUCAUGCGAGCAUUGUCUCUUCUCUCAGUCAGUGGUUCCAGCUGUAGCCUGGCUGCUGGUCUUGAGUCUCUGGGAUUAACAGAUAUCCGUACACUGGUUCGGUUAAUGUGCUUAGCUGCAGCAGGGAGAGCUGGUCUUUCCACCAGCCCUUCUGCCAUAGCCAGUACCUCAGAACGUUCCCGUGGCGGACACAGCAAGGCCAGCAAGCCCAUUUCUUGUCUGGCCUACUUGAGCACAGCAGUGGGAUGCCUGGCCUCAAACACUCCGAGUGCUGCAAAGCUGCUGGUCCAGCUGUGUACACAGAACUUGAUUUCUGCUGCAACAGGUGUCAAUCUCACCACGGUCGAUGAUCCCAUUCAGCGCAAGUUUCUACCCAGCUUUCUCCGGGGAAUUGCUGAAGAAAAUAAGCUUGUAACUUCCCCAAACUUUGUUGUAACUCAAGCCCUUGUGGCAUUAUUGGCAGACAAAGGGGCCAAACUGAGACCUAACUAUGAUAAGACAGAAAUAGAAAAGAAAGGCCCUCUGGAGCUGGCUAAUGCCCUGGCAGCCUGCUGCCUCUCCUCUAGGCUGUCCUCACAGCAUAGGCAAUGGGCUGCUCAACAGCUCGUGCGCACUCUUGCUGCACAUGACCGUGACAACCAAACGGCUCCACAAACACUGGCUGAUAUGGGAGGAGAUCUCAGAAAAUGCUCUUUUAUCAAGUUGGAGGCUCAUCAAAACAGAGUAAUGACAUGUGUUUGGUGUAAUAAAAAAGGCCUAUUGGCUACCAGUGGCAAUGAUGGCACUAUUCGGGUGUGGAAUGUUACCAAGAAGCAAUACUCUCUACAACAGACCUGUGUGUUCAAUAGACUGGAAGGAGAUGCUGAGGAAAGCCUUGGCUCACCCAGCGACCCAAGCUUCUCACCUGUUUCCUGGAGUAUCAGUGGUAAAUACCUUGCUGGAGCUUUGGAGAAGAUGGUGAACAUCUGGCAAGUUAAUGGAGGAAAAGGAUUAGUAGAUAUUCAGCCUCACUGGGUAUCUGCCCUGGCUUGGCCAGAAGAAGGUCCAGCUACAGCCUGGUCAGGAGAGUCUCCAGAGUUAUUGCUGGUGGGACGGAUGGAUGGAUCUCUCGGACUGAUUGAAGUUGUUGAUGUGUCGACUAUGCACCGCAGAGAACUGGAACACUGCUAUCGAAAGGAUGUAUCUGUCACCUGCAUUGCUUGGUUCAGUGAAGACAGACCGUUUGCAGUAGGAUAUUUUGAUGGGAAAUUGUUAAUGGGAACAAAAGAACCACUUGAGAAAGGAGGCAUUGUUCUCAUUGAUGCACAUAAGGAAACUCUUGUUAGUAUGAAAUGGGACCCAACAGGCCAUAUUCUUAUGACAUGUGCCAAAGAAGAAAAUGUGAAACUCUGGGGGCCUGUUUCAGGAUGCUGGCGCUGUCUACAUUCACUCUGUCAUCCAUCCACUGUAAAUGGCAUCGCCUGGUGCAGCCUUCCAGGGAAAGGAUCCAAGAUGCAGUUAUUGAUGGCCACUGGCUGUCAAAAUGGCUUAGUAUGUGUUUGGCGUAUUCCUCAAGAUACCACACAGACCAGUAUGAGCAGCUCAGAAGGAUGGUGGGACCAGGAAUCAAGUUGUCAGGAUGGCUAUAGGAAAUCAGCGGGAGUCAAGUGUGUUUAUCAGCUGCGGGGACACAUCACACCCGUUCGGACUGUGGCCUUCAGUUCUGAUGGCUUGGCCUUGGUGUCUGGUGGACUUGGAGGGCUUAUGAACAUUUGGUCUUUAAGGGAUGGUUCUGUCUUGCAAACUGUUGUGAUAGGCUCUGGAGCGAUUCAGACCACAGUAUGGAUUCCAGAAGUUGGGGUAGCUGCCUGCUCAAAUAGAUCAAAGGAUGUUUUGGUUGUGAACUGCACAGCAGAGUGGGCUUCUGCCAAUCACAUUUUAGCAACCUGUAGGACAGCCCUGAAACAACAGGGUGUUCUGGGAUUAAAUAUGGCUCCCUGCAUGAGAGCAUUUCUGGAACGACUCCCCAUGAUGCUUCAAGAGCAAUAUGCCUAUGAAAAGCCUCAUGUAGUUUGUGGUGACCAGCUUGUUCACAGCCCCUACAUGCAAUGUCUGGCUUCCCUUGCUGUGGGACUUCAUCUGGAUCAGCUGUUGUGUAGCCCUCCAGUGCCACCACACCAUCAGAACUGCCUCCCUGACCCUGCAUCCUGGAAUCCCAAUGAGUGGGCCUGGUUAGAAUGCUUCUCAACCACCAUCAAGGCUGCAGAAGCCCUGACUAAUGGAGCCCAGUUUCCAGAGUCAUUUACUGUCCCAGAUCUAGAGCCCGUUCCUGAGGAUGAGCUAGUGCUCCUCAUGGAUAACAGCAAGUGGAUCAAUGGCAUGGAUGAACAAAUUAUGUCUUGGGCAACUUCCAGACCUGAGGACUGGCACCUGGGAGGUAAAUGUGAUGUCUACUUAUGGGGUGCUGGCAGACAUGGACAACUGGCUGAAGCUGGAAGAAAUGUCAUGGUACCAGCUACAGCGCCUUCUUUCUCACAAGCCCAACAGGUUAUAUGUGGUCAGAACUGCACCUUUGUCAUCCAGGCCAAUGGGACAGUGUUGGCUUGUGGGGAAGGAAGUUAUGGCAGAUUGGGGCAAGGAAAUUCAGAUGACCUUCAUGUGCUGACUGUUAUUUCAGCCCUGCAAGGCUUUGUGGUGACCCAGCUGGUGACUUCCUGUGGCUCAGAUGGGCACUCAAUGGCCCUGACAGAAAGUGGUGAAGUCUUUAGCUGGGGAGAUGGGGACUAUGGCAAACUUGGCCAUGGAAACAGCGACAGACAGCGGCGACCAAGGCAGAUUGAGGCCUUACAAGGAGAAGAAGUGGUACAGAUGUCUUGUGGCUUCAAGCAUUCAGCAGUGGUGACAUCAGAUGGCAAACUCUUUACCUUUGGGAAUGGUGACUAUGGUCGUCUGGGUCUUGGAAACACCUCUAACAAAAAACUUCCAGAGAGAGUGACUGCACUGGAGGGAUAUCAGAUUGGACAGGUGGCCUGUGGGCUGAACCACACCUUGGCAGUGUCGGCAGAUGGCUCCAUGGUGUGGGCCUUUGGAGACGGGGACUAUGGUAAACUGGGCUUAGGAAAUUCCACUGCAAAAUCUUCUCCUCAGAAAGUUGAUGUCCUCUGUGGAAUUGGAAUUAAAAAAGUUGCUUGUGGAACUCAGUUUUCUGUGGCUUUGACUAAAGAUGGCCAUGUGUAUACUUUUGGUCAAGACCGAUUGAUAGGCCUGCCUGAGGGUCGUGCUCGUAAUCACAAUCGACCCCAACAAAUCCCUGUCCUGGCUGGAGUGGUCAUUGAAGAUGUGGCAGUUGGAGCUGAACACACACUUGCUUUGGCAUCAACUGGAGAUGUUUAUGCCUGGGGUAGCAAUUCAGAAGGGCAGCUUGGCCUAGGCCACACCAACCACGUUCGAGAACCAACCCUGGUAACAGUUCUGCAAGGGAAGAACAUCCGUCAGAUUUCAGCUGGCCGGUGCCACAGUGCUGCAUGGACAGCCCCACCUGUCCCACCAAGAGCACCAGGUGUGUCAGUGCCUCUCCAGUUGGGCCUGCCUGACGCAGUACCCCCACAAUAUGGGACGCUGAGAGAAGUGAGCAUUCACACUGUGCGAGCCAGGCUCCGGCUGCUUUACCACUUCUCUGACCUCAUGUACUCAUCGUGGAGACUGCUCAAUCUCAGCCCCAACAACCAGAACAGCACAUCUCAUUACAAUGCUGGAACAUGGGGCAUUGUACAGGGACAACUUCGGCCUCUGUUAGCUCCAAGAGUCUACACGCUCCCCAUGGUACGCUCCAUAGGGAAAACCAUGGUUCAAGGCAAAAAUUAUGGGCCUCAGAUUACUGUAAAGAGGAUAUCAACCAGAGGACGGAAGUGUAAACCCAUCUUUGUUCAAAUAGCAAGACAAGUGGUAAAGCUAAAUGCAUCAGACCUCCGUCUGCCCUCCCGAGCAUGGAAGGUUAAGCUAGUUGGAGAAGGAGCUGAUGAUGCUGGAGGAGUGUUUGAUGACACUAUCACAGAAAUGUGCCAGGAACUUGAGACUGGUAUAGUUGACCUUCUUAUACCGUCUCCUAAUGCUACUGCAGAAGUCGGUUACAAUAGAGACAGGUUCCUCUUUAAUCCCUCUGCCUGCCUUGAUGACCAUUUAAUGCAGUUUAAGUUCUUAGGAAUUUUAAUGGGGGUUGCCAUUCGUACAAAGAAGCCUCUGGACCUUCACCUGGCCCCUCUGGUGUGGAAACAGCUGUGCUGUGUCCCGCUCACCCUAGAGGACCUGGAGGAAGUGGAUCUGCUCUAUGUGCAGACCCUUAACAGCAUCCUUCACAUUGAAGACAGCGGCAUUACUGAAGAAAGUUUCCAUGAGAUGAUUCCUCUUGAUUCUUUUGUUGGCCAGAGUGCCGAUGGGAAAAUGGUUCCCAUAAUCCCUGGAGGAAAUAGUAUCCCGCUCACAUUUUCCAAUAGGAAGGAGUACGUGGAGCGGGCCAUUGAGUAUCGACUUCAUGAGAUGGACCGGCAGGUGGCUGCAGUUCGAGAAGGGAUGUCCUGGAUUGUCCCUGUGCCGUUGCUGUCCCUCCUCACGGCCAAACAGCUGGAACAGAUGGUGUGUGGGAUGCCUGAGAUCUCCGUGGACGUCCUGAAGAAGGUGGUGCGCUACCGUGAGGUGGACGAGCAGCACCAACUGGUACAGUGGCUCUGGCGCACGCUGGAAGAGUUCUCCAACGAGGAGCGGGUGCUCUUCAUGCGCUUCGUAUCUGGGCGCUCCCGGCUGCCCGCCAACACCGCAGACAUCUCCCAGAGGUUUCAAAUCAUGAAGGUCGAUAGGCCUUAUGACAGUCUGCCUACCUCACAGACCUGCUUCUUCCAGCUGCGGCUGCCCCCCUAUUCCAGCCAGCUGGUCAUGGCUGAGCGCCUGCGAUAUGCCAUCAACAACUGCCGUUCAAUUGACAUGGACAACUACAUGCUCUCAAGAAACGUGGACACUGCAGAGGGCUCUGACACCGACUACUGACUGAUGUGAGGGUGCUGCCACCCACCUUUCUCAAUAAUGCUCACCUGUGAUUUGAUGUUGAAUACUUUUAUGGUAACUACAUAGAUGUUUUAGGAACAUAAGCUGACAUAAACAGUGGCCACAUUUAGUUACUUCAAAUGAAACAAAGAAAUUAGAUGGUUUUAUUUUUCUGUGAUUGUAUAAAACAAAAGGCAGAAACAAACUGUCAGGUUCCCCUCUGUAUUUUUGGUCACUUUGGAUAAGUUUGCAUGGAGCCAUUUUGGUGCAUUUUUAGUUGAGAAUGAUACAUUUUUGUAAGCCCACCCAGUGAACAUGAAAUUGUACAUUGUGUAUAAUUGUUCAUUAGAAAGGACAGUUUUACAUGAAUAUUCAUAUAUUUAUUUUGUUUUAGUUUGAUUCGCCUGUGCAGGGUUCCUUAUGCAGAGAAAUAAAGCAGAUUGAGGAAUCAGA